CCUGCUGCUCUUCCUCCUCCUCGUCUUCCUUCUUCUCACCCCUUCUCCUCCCUCCUCCCCUCCACCCUCCCUCCUUCCCCCUCCGUCCCUUCUCUCGCCCCCUCCCCCGCCAGGGUGCAUGCCGGGCCAGACCCUGAUGGGCAUCGAGGAGACUUUCGACGGCUGGGUGCGCCUUGCCGACGACGCCGGCUGGGUGUUCCGGGGCGACUGCGCCGACGGCCCCGCGCUGCUGCCCCUCGGCGACCUGCGUGCGGCCCUCGCCGAGCCCGAGCUCUCACCGGCCCCCGGCCUGCAGAUGUUCGAGGUUGUCGGCGAGGAGGGCGUGCCUGUGCUCCGCGAGGCGGCCGAGGACGCCUUGGCGCUGGGGCGGCGCAGCUUCGGCGAGUUCGUGCUGGCCGAGGCGCAGUCCUACCACGGCUGGCUGCGCCUCGCGGACGGCGGCGGCUGGGCGCCGUGCUCUACCCCGCAGGGGGCGCGGCUGCUGCUGCGCGUGCGGCCGGACGAGCUGCAGCUGGCGGUGCCCGGGACGGGCUCCGCCUGGCCGGACGCGGCCGAGGACGCGGCCGCCGCGGCCGCGGCGGCGCGCGAGGCCGCCUCGCGGAGGGAAGCGCUGCGGCAGCUGGAGGAAGCCGCUGUCGCCAACUCCGCCGUCUUUUUCGCGGCGCUGGCCACGGCGCGGGACCACGGUGUCGAGAAGCGGGACAUCGCGCGCUGCCACGCCCUGCGCUCGAGCAUGGGCUUGUGAGGGGCUCGCGGCAGCUGGGCCUGGCGGGGCCCGGCAGGCCGGGGUCCGCGGGGGCCCGCGUCAGACAGGGCGCCCUUCAGAGAAGGAAGAGGCACUCCCCUACCUCUACCCUUUCCCUCUCCCUCGUUUUUUCCCUUCUUUUGUUUCCCCAGCUCUCGCGGAGGGGCCCUCGCCUUCUCGAGGCGCCGAAGGGCCGGCAGCCCGCCCUCGGCGGCCGGCCCCGCCGCGGGCCCGCGGGGGCAGAGGGCUUUGGGUCAUACAUCCAUGAAGCUGGGAGCCCCAACUGUCUGAAUCGGUAUCUCGGGCCAGCUUGGACCCGACAGAAGGCCGUUUCGCAGUUUCAGGCCCUGCGAAUGCGGAGGCUGCAGGAGUCGCAGCGUCGUGUCUGUCAGGAGCUAUGUGGCGCUCUGUCAGGCACACGUAGGUCGCCUCCUGGUGCAAGCUGUGCCGCUGUUUUUUUCCAGCGGCGCUCGCCAGCCGCCAGCCUCUCCCUCUCGUUCG